CCACGCGCUGGUGACCUAACCGCCACCACCACACAGUAAAAGUAACUCAAGAAGAGGGAAAAUAGGCUAUCUAUCGGACUUGCUACUGUAUUUUAAAAAACAAAACAAGAUGGAAGACAAUUUUAACUCAACUAAAGGCCAACAGUGGUCUAUGGAUGAGCACGAUCACCUUAUGUCUGUGUUGAACAGAGACCACAUCAAGAGAGAUAUGUUUGCACCAACGAGGAGCAAAGUGAAGGUAUUUCAGGAAAUUUCCCAGAUACUGUCCGACGAGUAUGGUCAUUCCCGCACCCCAACCCAAACCCGGAAUAAAUAUCGAAGAAUGAUGAAGCAGUACAAUGAGGCGAAGGAGUACCACAGAGAGAAGGGCCGUUGGUAUUGUGCGGAAUGGGAUUGGUACGAGCCGGAGUUCUUUAUACCAGAGUUGGAAUCACCUGAAGAUUUGGCUGGUUAUGAGGCCAGAAAUCCUCCUGAGACCUGGAAUCCUCCAGAUCAACCCGCAGGUGUAGCAGUACGGGAUGCACUCUGUGCAAUGAUGGCAUUGGAUUCGGAAGAAGAAUCACCUGCGCGACCUGUGAGCAGUCCACGGCCUCAAGCUGAUUUUGCCAGCACUGAGGAGUCUGUCUCUGGAAUGCUGCCCAAAAAUCUCCCACCCACAUCACCGCCUCCAGAGUCGGCACCUGUGAUCGCUUCAAGUCAGGUGUUGGAAUCACCUGUGGGAUCUGUGACCACUCCACGCCCUCAAGCUGUAACAGACGUGGUUUGUGUAGUCGGCAGGGAGUCUGUCUCUGGAAUGCUGUCCAAAGAUCCUCCAUCCACAUCACCAUCUUCAGAGUCACCUGUGAUCGCUUCAAGUCAGGUGUUGGAAUCACCUGUGGGAGCUGUGACCACUCCACGCCCUCACACUGGUUUUGCCAGCACUGAGCAGAAUGUCUCUGGAAUGCUGUCCAAACAUCCUCCAUCCACAUCACCUUCUUCAGAGUCGGCACCUGUGAUUUCAGUGCAGUUGUUGAAAUCACCUGUGGGAGCUGUGACCAUUCCACGCCCUCACGCUGAAAUUUAUGUAAUCAGUGAAGAGUCUGUCUCUAGAAUCUCUGCACCUGUGAUAGUAUCAAAACUUUCAAGUCAGGUGUUGGAAUCACCUGUGGGAGCUGUGACCACUCCACUACUCCCUCAUGCUGAAGUGGUUUGUGUAAUCGGUGAGGAGUAUGCCUCUGGAAAGCUGUCCAAAAAUCCUCCAACUUCGCCAUCUUCCGAGUCAGCACCUGUGAUUGUUUCAACGCCGGUGUUGGAAGCACCUGUAGAAACUGUAAGCACUUGUUCUCGUGCUGGCAAGAGAAAAAGGAGCUUGUUCCAAGAAGAGUCCACUGUCCUGUGUGAACCGCAAUCUUCAGAGGAGGAGCAACUUGAGACCCGGCGCGAGGCUCACCUCGAAAGCCCCAUGAAGACCCAGCUCAAAGACCAUCGCGAACGCCCUGAGGCCCAGCUCAAAGACCAUCGUGACCGCCUUGAGACCCAGUUCGAAGACCAUCGCGAACGCCCUGAGGCCCAGCACGAAGACCAUCGUGACCGCCUUGAGACCAAGCUCGAAGACCACCACGAACGCCUUGAGACCCAGCUCAGGGACCACAUCUACAACCUUAAGAACCAUCUUGAAGCCCGCCUUGAACACCUUGAGACUCAGUGCGAACGCCACUUCCGGCAGAUACUGGAGGAGUUGCGUGAAGCGAGGCAGGAGGAGAUGACCUUCAGACGGGAACAAGCUGCCCAGACUGCAGACUUCCAUAAGGAACUGCUUGGAGUGCUGGACCGCAUGGCACAGGCCAGGGAACCCCAGAAAUACUCAUCCCAGUAGCAGUGGCUGGACUGCACUGACCUAGUUUGUGCCAUUGCACAGUAGUGCAUUUUGUAAAUAGUUCAUACCACGUGGCAUGCAUGCCCAUGUACAGUGUAUAUAGUUUUCUCAACAGUGCAUUGUAUUGACUACAACAAGGAUUUAUGGUUUGUGUUUGACAUUUAUUUACAUUUGUGUGUCAUUUACUUGCAUUUUGUUUUACUUGAAAAUUUGUCUACAAAUUUG